AUGUCUUACGGUGGUAACUUUGAUCGUAACGGUGGUUAUAACGCCGGUAACUUUGGUAACAGAGGUGGUGACAGAGGUUCUGAUAGAAACUUUGGUUACAGAGACGGCGGCUUCGGUGGUGGUCGUGGUGGUGGUCGUGGUGGCCGUGGUGGAUUUGGUGGCCGUGGCGGUGGUCGUGGUGGAUUCGGUGGUGACAGAGGCUUUGGUGGUGAUAGAGGUUUCGGUGGUGGUGAUUUCGGUGGUGAUAGAAUGUCAAACUUGGGUGAUGGUUUACAAAAACAAACCUGGGAUUUAGACUCUUUACCAAGAUUUGAAAAAAACUUUUACAAAGAACAUGAAGUUGUUAGAAACAGAUCAGAAGAAGCUGUUCAAGCUUUUAGAAAUUCACAUGAGAUGACUGUUAUUGGUACUAAUAUUCCAAAACCAAUUGAAGAAUUUGACGAAGCUGGUUUCCCAAGUUACGUUUUAGAUGAAGUUAAAGCUCAAGGUUUCGCUAAACCAACUGGUAUUCAAUGUCAAGGUUGGCCAAUGGCUUUAUCUGGUCGUGAUAUGAUUGGUGUUGCCGCUACUGGUUCAGGUAAAACUUUAUCUUAUGCUCUUCCAGGUAUUUUACACAUUAACGCUCAACCACCAUUAAGUCACGGUGAUGGUCCAAUCGUUUUAAUUUUAGCCCCAACAAGAGAAUUAGCUGUUCAAAUUCAAACUGAAUGUUCAAAAUUCGGUCACACUUCAAGAAUUAGAAACACUUGUGUUUACGGUGGUGUUCCAAAAGGUCAACAAAUUAGAGAUUUAGCUAGAGGUUCUGAAAUCUGUAUCGCUACUCCAGGUAGAUUAAUUGAUAUGUUGGAAUCUGGUAAAACUAACUUAAGAAGAGUUACUUACUUAGUUUUAGAUGAAGCUGAUAGAAUGUUGGAUAUGGGUUUUGAACCUCAAAUCCGUAAAAUUAUUGACCAAAUUAGACCAGAUCGUCAAACUCUUAUGUGGUCCGCUACAUGGCCAAAGGAAGUCCAAACAUUAGCUCGUGAUUACUUACAUGAUUACAUUCAAGUUAAUGUUGGUUCUUUAGAAUUAGCUGCUUCACAUACCAUUAAACAAUUAGUUGAAGUUGUCUCAGAUUUUGAAAAAAGAGAUCGUCUGUUAAAACAUUUAGAAUUUGCUAUGUCUGAUAACAACUCAAAAGUUUUAAUUUUCGCUUCAACCAAAAGAACUUGUGAUGAAAUCACUAAAUACUUAAGAGAUGAUGGAUGGCCAGCAUUGGCCAUUCACGGUGAUAAACAACAACAAGAACGUGAUUGGGUUUUAGGUGAAUUCAGAGCUGGUAGAUCUCCAAUCAUGGUUGCUACUGAUGUUGCUGCUCGUGAUGUUAAAGGUAUUAACUUCGUUAUCAACUUUGAUAUGCCAGGUAACAUUGAAGAUUAUGUUCAUCGUAUUGGUAGAACAGGUAGAGCUGGUACUUCAGGUACUUCAGUUUCAUUCUUUACUGAAGGCAAUUCAAAAUUAGGUACUUCAUUAAUCAAAAUUUUAAGAGAAGCUAACCAAGAAGUUCCACCAGCUUUAGCUCCAUAUGACAGAGGUUCAUUUGGUCACAGUCGUUACGGUGGUGGUGGCCGUGGUGGUCGUGGUGGUUUCGGUGGUCGUGGUGGUGGCCGUGGCCGUGGUGGUUUCGGUGGUGGUCGUGGUGGCCGUGGUGGUUUCAACCGUUAUUAG